AUGCCCUGUGAUAAGCUUAUUGGUCUAGGAAUGCUUGCUGUGGCAACGCUUGUAUUUGUAUAUUACACUUCAUGGGUGUUCUUGUUGCCCUUUGUUGGUGACGACUCCGUGAUCAAUCAAUUCUUUUUACCACGCGACUACGCUAUCAAAUUACCCUUUUUGUUGCUUUUGCUUGCUGUCUUGGCCGUUGGUUCUUUCAUUGGUUACGUCUUGACAAAAAAUGCAGAGAAGGAGAGAGCGAAAAAGAGAUCUAGUACAAGCUCAUUGUGUCCUGAAUAG